AUGAACGCCUUCGUCUGUCGCCAGUUUCUGGCCAGCCCUUCAGUUUCUUUUGCCUUCGCUCCCGUCUCCACACGCUCACUACUUCGCCCUCUACACCCUGUGAGGCUAAAGGGAACCCCUGCCCCCCGAAGAGCGUUCAAUGCAACACAUUGUCGGCGACAAAAUACUCCUACCCCAUCCACGCCGAAGCCCGUAACUGCUCGGCUGCCUUCGCCGCCGACCAAUGCUACACCCACGCGACAAGACCUGGGCGGAGACGCAGUGCACAUAACACAGUCAGAGCAGCGCAGCAGGGAUUGGCAUAUCAUCAAGCGGCUUACGCGUAACUUGUGGCCAAAGGACGACUACAAGACGCGGGCGCGCGUCGUACUGGGGGUGGGGCUGCUGGUGGGAGGCAAGGUCCUCAAUGUCCAGGUGCCUUUGAUUUUCAAGCAGAUCAUUGACACUCUGAACCUCGACAUUACGGCAGGUUCGACCGUCUGGGUCGUGGUCGGGUCACUCGUUGUGGGCUACGGAGCCGCGCGAAUAGGUGCCACGUUGUUCGGUGAGCUGCUCAACGCAACAUUUGCGAGCGUGGGGCAGCAUGCGGUCCGCAAGGUCGCGCGGGAGACUUUCGAACAUCUGCUCAACCUGGAUCUCAAGUUCCAUCUGGCUCGACAUACCGGAGGAUUAACACGGGCUAUAGAUCGGGGAACGAAAGGAAUUACGUUCAUUCUCCAAUCAAUUGUGUUCCGAUUGGUGCCAACCGCGCUGGAGAUAUCUCUUGUAUGCGGGAUUCUGUCAUACAACUUUGGCUGGAACUUUGCUGCGAUUACCGUUGUUACCAUGGCUGCUUAUACGUGGUUCACUGUUCGGACAACAUCGUGGAGAACACGAUUUCGCCGAGAAGCGAACUCCGCGGACAAUAAAGCCGCUACGGUCGCUACAGAUUCAUUGAUCAAUUAUGAGGCCGUCAAGCAUUUUAACAACGAGAGACAUGAGAUCGCACAGUACGACAAGCAUCUUUCCGCAUACGAGAAGGCAUCGAUCAAGAUUGCGACUUCGUUGGCCUUGCUAAACUCAGGACAGAACAUCAUCUUCUCGUCAGCUUUGACGGCGAUGAUGUUUUUUGCCGCACAGGGGGUUGUCAACGGUACCAUGACUGUGGGGGACCUCGUCAUGGUCAAUCAGCUUGUCUUCCAGCUAUCUCUGCCCUUGAACUUCCUUGGCACUAUCUACCGUGAGAUGCGUCAAAGCCUACUGGAUAUGGAGGUUUUGUUCAAUAUCACAUCGAAUAAUCAGCCUCCGAAGGACAAGGCAACCGCGACCACCCUUGACCUGCGCGGUGGUUCCAUCACGUUUGACAACGUCCAUUUUGGCUACCAUCCCGAACGCCCCAUCUUCCGCGGUGUCUCGUUCGCGAUCCCCGCGGGUAAGAAGGUCGCGCUUGUCGGGCCUUCAGGUUGCGGCAAAUCCACGGUGUUCCGUCUCCUCUUCCGCUUCUACGAACCCUCCUCCGGCUCGAUUCGUGUCGAUGGUCAGGACGUCCGUGACGUGCGUCUCCAAAGCCUCCGCGCCGCCGUCGGUGUCGUUCCCCAAGAUACGCCCCUAUUCCAUUCCGACGUAAUGCAUAACAUCCGAUACGGGCGCUUGGACGCGACCGACGAGGAGGUCGUUGAGGUUGCGAAGCAGGCUCGGGUACACGACGCGAUCAUGCGGUUGCCGGACAAGUAUGCCACGAAAGUGGGGGAGAGGGGGCUGAUGCUGUCGGGCGGCGAGAAACAGCGGUUGGCGGUGGCACGGGUGCUCUUGAAAGACCCUCCAAUUCUGUUCUUCGAUGAGGCCACGUCAGCACUGGACGCACACACGGAAACGGAGCUUAUGCGAAACAUCAACGCCCUCCUCCAGGACAAGUCUCGCACGAGUAUCUUCAUCGCGCAUCGCUUGCGUACUGUCGUCGAGGCCGAUCUUAUCCUCGUCCUCAAAGAGGGUCAAGUAGUCGAGCAAGGCUCGCACGAGCAGCUCAUGCGGGAGGGUGGGCUGUACUACAGCAUGUGGCAGCAGCAGGUGUCGGACAUCAACGCCGACGUCGCUCUUCCGCAGGAAGAGGUUCCGUCGGUGGAGCAGCCCGCGGCCCGGUGA